CUGUCAACUAAUUUGUGGAACGGCUGAUUAAUGACGUUAAAUAAAAGAAUUGUUCAUAAUUUUGUCAAAUAAUAAAAAUUGUAGGUGUUUUGUUGAAUUUACCAAUACUCGUUAGCCGGUAAUAAUGGUAAUAUGUGAUUUGUAAUCUUAUUAAACUAAACGCAAAUAAAUAAGCAAAUUGGAAACUUGUAAUUUUAUUGAUCGCAACAAAUAAGCAACUAAAAUGGAAGCGGCCCCGAAAUUACCAAUGAUUUCGUUUGAUUUGAAAACAUGCAUGGACAAUGUUCACUUUGGUCCCCAAUUGAAGAAGUAUAUUGCGGCAUUUUAUGGAGAAGAUCCAGAUUCUUAUAUCACUGAAAUAAACAAUCUGGAAUCAUUGAGAGCAGCCGCAGUGCGUCCUACUUCAGACUUUAACGGGGUACAAUUGCUUAAGAAAUAUUAUUGUCAAUUGCAUUUUCUAAAAUCAAGAUUUCCCAUGGAAGAAAAUCAGGACGCGUCAGUCCAAUUUUCUUGGAGGAAUAACCAGCUGGAUCUAAAUUACGCUUGUACAGAUAUUCGUUACGAAUUAAUGGUGAUUAUGUAUAAUAUUGGUGCCUUACAUUCCUAUUUAGGUGCGAGUGAUUCCCGAAGUAAUCCGGAUGGCAUGAAGAUGUCCUGUACUCAUUUCCAAUGCGCUGCUUGGGCAUUUCAGACUGUUAAAGAAAAAUACCACCAGUUCAUAAUGUUUGUUUCACUAGUGGAACUCGUUCAUUUUUUCCAACAGGUCUCGUUAGCUCAAGCACAAGAAUGUAUUCUGGAAAAGAGCAUGUUUGAUAACAGGAAACCCACAAUUAUUGCUAAAGUAGCAGUUCAAGUAUACAGCUAUUACAGGCAAUCUUUGAGUAUACUAGAAUCAGUUAACGAGGAUUACUUCAGAGACAAAAUUUAUAAAGAAUGGAUCAAAUUUCUGCAAUUCAAGAUAGCCUAUUACAAGUGCAUAUCACUACUUUUCCACGGCCAGCAAGCUGAGGAACAACAGAAAAUGGGAGAAAGAGUCGCCUAUUAUCAAGCGGCUUGCGAGCAACUAGAGGAAGCUAAAAAAUGUGCAUCUAAUUUAAAAAAUCAACACCAACAGCAAGAAGUUAACGAGGCUCUAGCUUUCACGACAGACGUUGUCGAGGGCAAAAGGAAAGCCGCUAAAAACGAGAAUGAAUUUAUCUACCACGAGUCAGUACCCGAUAAGGAUCAAUUAGUCGAAGUGAAAGGCGCUUCUCUAGUUAAAGGAAUUCCUUUUAGUAUUAACGAUGCAGAGGUUUCUGGUACAGAUAUUUUUUCAAGAUUGGUCCCGAUGGAAGCGCACGAGGCUGCUUCACUGUAUAGUGAGAAGAAGGCGCAAAUACUACGGCAAAUCGGCGAACUGAUUGAUUCGAAAGAUCAAUCACUUGCGGAAUUUAUGUCAUCCAUGCAAUUAGAUCUAUUAACAAAAAUGCAUCAAGCCACUGGCAUACCACAAGAUCUUAUCGAUAGAGCUGCGGCUUUGGCAGCUAAACCUAAUGCUGUACAAGAUCUAAUAAAUUCCAUGGGAAAACUGUCUAAUAUUUAUCAAGAUGUUGAGGCUAGUUUAAACGAAAUCGACGAAUUACUCAAAGGAGAAGAAGCAGCAGAGGCGAGUUAUCAAGAGAAAAUAGGAAAACGACCUCCUAGCAUACUUGCAACGGAUUUAACUAGGGAAGCCGCGAAAUAUCGAGAGGCUCACACGAAAGCGAAUGAUUCCAAUCAAACUUUACACAGAGCAAUGACCGCCCAUGUUGCUAACCUGAAGGUACUUCAGCGCCCAUUAAAGGAACUCCAGCAUAAUCUACCGUUUGUCGAAUUGCCAAAUCCCAAUAUUGACGAAAAAUCGCUAAAAGAUUUGGAAAGUCUGGUGGCCAAAGUAGAAGAAAUGCGCAAUCAAAGAGCUAUGCUUUGGGCACAACUCAGAGAAGCUGUACAUAAUGAUGAUAUCACAAGUUCUUUGGUAACUAAACAGCCUAACCAAUCUCUGGAGCAGUUAUUCCAACAGGAGCUGCAGAAACACCAACAAUUGAUCACUUUGAUUGAACAAAACACAGCUGCACAGGAAAACAUUAAGAAAGCUUUAGUCGAUUCUUACGCUCAAGCUGUGAACUCGAGGAGAUACAUCCAGGAUAUUUUGCAAAGAAGAUCAACGACAAUCUCAUCGUUAUUGGCAUCCAGCGAUUCUUACGAUGAUUUAUUAUCCAAAGCUAAUAAAGGAAUCGAGUUCUACACCAAACUCGAAACUAACGUUACCAAGUUAUUGCAAAGGAUUAAAAGUACUUGUAAAGUUCAACAAGAGGAGCGAGAUCAAGUGCUGGGAACAUCGGAAGUUCCCAAAGUUGAAGAUACCAGUACAACAGCAGCGACUGCAGCAGCAGCAGCAGCAGCAGCAUCAGCAACAGCAGCAGCUGCGCCCAAAUUAAAAGACUAUUUGGAAUCACGAAAAAGAAAUCCGGCGGUUAAUAAUUAUCCUGAUCCAAACAUUCAUUAUCCUCAGGUUGCUGGUAAUUAUGGAGUAAACGUUGAAUAUCCGCCGGGAGUUAGACCUACACCAGUUGGCUCGGACUACACAGAUUUACCUAAAAACAUCUCCAAAGAUCCCCAAAAUUAUGUUCCGUACAAUUACAACUAUUCGCAAGUCGGCAAUACUGCAACCCAAUACUCAGACGAAGAUAUUGUUAAAAAAAUGAAUUCGUUACUUACGGAUCAGAAAAAUGUACAACCGCAAAAUUAUUUGCAAUAUUCCUACAACAAUUACGUCCCCCAAAAUUACUCUACCAUAUAUCAAUCUACUCAAAAUUUCAAUUCGAGUAAUCAGGCAGAUAUGAAUUCGUCUAAAGCCUAUACAACAACUACGAAUUCUUAUGAAUCAUCGCAAACAUCCGUUACUGCUGGAUACGUUCAAUACCCAGACAGUCACGUUCAAAAUCCUGCAGCAUUAGGAGUUCCGGCCAAUUAUCAGUAUCAGAGUAUUCCCCCCCAAUCGAAUACUUCCACUGCUGAACACCACAAUGUCAACGUGUACUAUCCCCAGGGCUACGCCCCUAAUCAAUCGGCGUCAAAUAGCGCUAGCGAUCAUUACGUGGACGGGCAAGUAAAGUACCAUUCAGUGGAAUAUUCCAGUUCCGUCCAACCGAACAUUUCGAAUUACAAAUCCAAUAAUUUCUACUCUUCGCCUAUUCCAAACAUGGCCAGCACUAACUCUAUGGAUUCGAAUGGCAAGAUGGAAAACGCUAAUAAUUAUACCUAUCCUUCGACAUCUGUUAACUCGAACAGUAUUUCGAGCCUGCCGGAUAACAGCUACUUAUAUAAUCAAGUCAACUCGGUUUCUUCCACUCUUAAUUUCUAUCCAGCAAAUUCUUAUUCAAAUAUUAGUCAGGUAUAUCCAUCAUCAAGUGAUACUCAACAGUAUUUACAGGCGUCGCAGUUCAGUGCAACUCUUCAGAGUAACACAAACGCAACUUAUACAAGUUCUACAAGUCUACACGCUAAUCAAGGGCAGGCCUCUAUGUACUCUUCCAAUCACAGCAAUUAUGAUGCUAUGGGACAGCCUGUAUCUCCUUAUUAUCCUUCCACAUCGGUCGUUGGACAACCUACUUCUAGCUACAUGUCCAGUCAAUCGUACAAUCAAAUGUACACCGGAGUAAACGCGAAUUUACCAACUCAAACACAACAAGGAAAUAUGACCGUACAAGGCGAAUAUUCCGCCAAUUACGGUUAUCAAAAUUACUAUCCUACUGGUACUUACAACGCUCCUGCGUCCACUACUGCUACUGUGCAAAAUACCCAAACUCAACCGGCUAAGUCUUCGAACGUGGAUCUUCUGAGCGGUUUAGAUUUUAAUAUUGCACACGCUCCCCUGGUGCCUCAGCAAAACGUUGUUCCGCAAACUAAAGAAAGCGAGGCUCAGCCAUCCAAACAGGAGAGCGCUCAAACUAAGCCUCCCGAAGCAGCUAAUCCUGCCCCUGAGCAGAAAGUCCAAGUCAAACGUACGAGUUUCAACUUGCUACCGAGCAAGAGUCUGAACAACAAAGAUGUUAAAAAUCUGUUCAAUCAGGAGUGGGAUAAGUACGAGAAAUUCGUCGAAACCUUGAGUAUUAAGACUUUGAGCGGACCAACUAACUUAGAUAUUAAAUGGAAGGAAAUUCAGGACCAGCAAGACUGCGAUUCUCAGAGGAAGAUUAUUUCGGUAGCUAGAUGCUAUCCCAUGAAAAACAGGUUUCCCGACAUAUUGCCUUACGAUCACACCAGAGUGGAAUUGUGCGACAGUAAAGACGAUUACAUUAAUGCCUCGUUUAUUAAGGAUAUUUCGCCGUAUGCGCCUCCGUUCAUCGUGACGCAAAUUCCUCUGGCAUCAACCAUAGGCGAUUUUUGGACAAUGAUUCGAGAACAACAGGUCGAAUUAAUUCUUUGUCUGCAGAAUGAUGCUGAGAUUGGCAGUGAAAUAUAUUGGCCAAAGGAAAAAGGCCAAUCGCUAAACAUAUUGAACAUGGUCAUUACCUUACAAAGUAUCAUUACUAAAACUCACUGGAUAGAAAGACUUAUAUCGGUGAAUUUGCCGGAGAAGAGAGAGUCGCGGGUCGUGUUACAUUUACAAUUUACAUCUUGGCCUGGAAGCCUGUUUCCCACGACAUCAGAUCCUUUCGUGAGUUACAUAUUGGAAGCGAUCAGUAUGUAUCAGCAGCAGAAGUCCAACACGCAUCCCGUCGUGGUGCAUUGUUCGUCAGGUAUCGGAAGGAGCGGUUUGAUAUGUAUAUUGACUGCGGCGAUAUUCGAUGUUACUAACAACGCCAAUUCGAUGCCAGAUUUGACGGCUUUGGCCAUAAAAGUGUCCAAUUACAGGAAGAACGUGCUCAGAGAUCGAGAGCAUUUGAAGUUCGCUUAUGAAUGCUUCCUGGCUUACAUUCGCCAGGUGCUUUCUGAAGAUAAAAUGAGGAAGAAACUAAACGAGUUCGAACCGAAGGAAGAGGUUCAACCAAUUUCGAUCAUUCCCGAAGCAAACAUCGAUCCUUUAAGUACUUUGGAUCCGUUUUGGGCGAGCAAAAAGUAGAUUACUCUUACGAUUAUUUAUAAACAACUUUUUUCCGUUAUAUUAUUGUCAGCUUUUAUAUAUACUUGCUCCUGUAUUAUAUUUUCAUUCUUUGACUAACCACACUAUUUUAAAAUUAAUAUAUUGAACUAAGCAAUAUAAGUAAAUGUAUUAUUUGUAGUUCUUCAAUUGUAAGUAAAUAGCCCGAAAUAAAAAAAAUUACCUACA